GGUAUAGUAUUCUGUAAAAUUAGAAAAGGGUGAUUAAAGGAAUGUUCUUUAUGCAUAUGUUGUAGUAUGAUUAGUUUUGAACAAAAGGGUGUUUGUUUUUGCUGUCUUCUGGGUUCAGGGGUAUAGUAUUCUGGAUAAUUAGAAAAGGGUGAUUAAAGGAAUGUUCUUUAUGCAUAUGUUGUAGUAUGAUUAAUUUUGAACAAAAGCAUGUUUGUUUUUGCUGUCUUCUGGGUUCAGGGGUAUAGUAUUCUGGAAAAUUAGAAAAAGGUAGUUAAAGGAAUGGUCUUUAUGCAUAUGUUGUAGUAUGAUUUUAUUCACUCUGGUUUGUAUAUUAGGAUUAGAUUGCAUCAACAAAUAUCAGUGAUAUGGAUCAAAUGAGUCAACAAGUCUAUUUUCACUCCGAAAGUAUCCAUUUCAGUGGCACCAACAUCUGUCUAGCUUCAGGGAAUGGAAUUAGUCUAGAUUGCCAUUAUGUACUAGAUGCUCAUGACAGCUAUUUAGAUCAGCACUUUCAACCAUAUGUACAAGGUCAUGCUUUGGCUUGGCAUCUGUCUCUUCCAGUGCCAUAUGUACAAGCUUUCAUUGCUAAUGGAAGUUCAUCAGAGAAUGGAAGAAUUGGUCCACAGAGAUAUCAUGAUACAACUAGCAGCAGAGGUGGCCACAGAUUUCCACAAAGAUAUCAUGAUACAACUGGCAGCAGAAGUGGCCACAGAUUUCCACAAAGAUAUCAUGAUACAACUGGCAGCAGAAGUGGCCACAGAUUUCCACAGAGAUAUCAUGAUUCAACUGGCAGCAGAAGUGGCCACAGAUUUCCCCAUCCUCCUCCACAGUACCAUAGCUUUCAUCAUCAAGUACUGCCUGCACAAGUGAUCAGAGGUCACUCCUUCAACAUUCAUCCUCCCGUAACUGCACCUUCGUAUAGAGUUCCAACAAAUCCUUCACACGGUUCUUCAAUCCUCAUACAUGAUGCUUUUGAGAUGGGUGCUAGGCAUCCUGGCUUUGCACCAUUUGCAGGCGCACGCAUACGCCAGUCUCAUAGAGGCAACUUGCAGGAGAUGAUAACUCUUAUAAAUCUUCCUCCUGCAGUCUUUUUCCCAGAUGAUGAUGUUGCUUUACUGGUUGACCAUCAUACUGAUAUGCACUUGGACACUGAAGAUAUGUCUUAUGAGGAUCUUCUUGAAUUAGGUGAGCAGAUUGGCAACGCAAAAUCGGGUUUAUCAGAAAAAAUAAUUACAAGUCAAAUGAAGACCAAAACUUAUAUACUACCUACUAAUGCUACUAACUUGGAGGAGGCAGAUUCUGAGGAACAGGAAACUGAUAUUUGCAUAAUAUGCCAGGAUGAAUAUAAGAACAAAGAGAAUAUUGGAAUUCUUCGAUGCGGCCAUGAAUAUCACGCAGAUUGUUUAAGGAGAUGGUUACUUGAGAAAAAUGUCUGCCCCCUGUGCAAAUCAGUAGCAUUGACUCCUCCAGGAGAAAAACAAUGAGAUUUACAAAUUCAUAUUUUUUGUUAUGUAUAUGAACUUGUACAUAUACACAGUUUCAUUGUCCAACUCAAUUAUUUGUUGGCACCACUGCACCAGAAGAUUUAUACGUAUAUCAAGUUGUACAGACUUCUGUUGAUAUAUGUUAACUUUAGGCAAUUACAUUUUGCUAGUCUUCUGUUUCAUUUUUUAUGUGAAUGGUUGAAUGUGCCAUGUCCAAAAGUAUACAAUGAAACCUUUUUAUUCA